AGAGAACGGUAAUGUUCCCGUUCCGCACUAUAUAGCAAUCUCCAUUUACGGGUUUCGAGAUUCCAUAAUCUCGAGGUUGUUAUGACUGUUAAAAACGACCUUAACAUUCUGUACACAAAGAAAAAAAAAGUUAUAGUGUAGUGAGUAUAACACAACAGUCUCUGUGGCGUACAGUUAACACACUCAGAGAGCUUUUAUUAAACAGACAUUUGUAGAUAGCAGGACUAGGGCGCCACCUUCCAAGUCUUACCAGCUUGUAUUGCACUGAGCUUCGCGGGAAGAGCGGUAAGAAAUCCAACAAAAAAAACUGUAGCCUUCACAAACCAGAAGUAUAGGGCGGUGCUUGUAUAUCUUCGUGACGUGUGUCGUGUUUUGCUCCGCUAACCGGUUUUUGGAGUCAUAAGGCAGGAAAACGAUGAAGGGCCCGUUUGAAAGCGCAAGAGAGUAAAACACAAACAUGCGUUCUGUAUCAGAAACGGAAAGCGACUUUGAGGAGAAGGCUCAUUUAAUUCCAUUACGGGGCGCUAGCAGUAAAACAGCACCAGUAUGCUGUUCCUCGCGUUACAAUCUUGCCGUGUUGGCCUGCUUUGGAUUCUUCGUCCUUUAUGCUCUGCGUGUGAACCUCAGUGUUGCCUUAGUGGACAUGGUUGAAAUAAAUGUGACCAAGCCAGCAAACACAAGUGAUUUAGGAUGCCCUGAACAUUCCAAUACCAGCACUGUCCGAUAUAAUAAAACGGGAAAGGUGUAUAACUGGAAUGCUGACUCUCAAGGAUGGAUCCUCGGUGCUUUCUUCUACGGUUACAUCAUCACUCAGGUUCCUGGAGGAGUUGUGGCUCGCAAAGUGGGUGGAAAGUGGUUGCUUGGACUUGGAAUACUGGGUACUGCUGUGUUUACACUGCUUACUCCACUGGCAGCAGAUUUGGGAGUGGGCUAUGUUAUUGCAGUCCGUGCCCUAGAGGGUCUUGGAGAGGGUGUAACCUUCCCUGCAAUGCAUGCAAUGUGGUCUUCUUGGGCACCUCCAUUAGAACGAAGCAAGCUGCUUACCAUUUCAUAUGCGGGUGCACAGCUGGGGACAGUUAUUUCUCUUCCACUGUCUGGUAUAAUUUGUUUCUAUCUGGACUGGAGCUAUGUGUUUUAUAUCUUUGGUGCAGUUGGAGUGCUGUGGUUCAUUCUUUGGGCAUUUUUAGUAAGUGACACACCUGAAACUCACAAGGGAAUCUCUCCAGUGGAAAAAGAGUUUAUUAUUUCAUCACUACAACAUGAGCUUUCUUCUAAGACGUCUGUGCCUUGGCGUUCCAUAUUGACAUCAUUACCACUCUGGUCUAUUGUGGUAGCACAUUUUUCUUAUAAUUGGACUUACUAUACUUUGCUUUCAUUGUUGCCAACCUACAUGAAAGAUAUAUUAAAAUUUAAUAUUCAGGAGGAUGGAUUCUUAUCUGCUUUGCCAUACUUGGGUUGCUGGACAUGCAUGAUGAUUGCUGGUCAGCUUGCAGAUUACUUAAGGCAAAACCAAAUACUAACAACCAUUGUAGUACGCAAGAUCUGGACAGCAAUAGGAAUGGUGGGCCCUGCGGUCUUCUUGGUCGCAGCUGGGUUUACAGGCUGUAACUACAGAUUAGCAGUCGCUUUGCUGACAUUAUCAUCAGCACUUGGAGGCUUCAGCAUGUCAGGGUUUAACAUCAAUCACCUGGAUAUUGCACCAUCGUAUGCUGGCAUUCUCCUUGGAAUAACCAACACAUUUGCUACUAUUCCUGGCAUGGUGGGUCCCGUGAUUGCAAAGGGUCUGACACACUAUAAUACCAUUGGAGAAUGGCAAACUGUAUUCUACAUUGCUGCUGCAAUCGAUGUAUUUGGCGCUGUGUUUUUCUUACUAUUUGGUAAAGGUGAAGUCCAGAGCUGGGCAUUAGAUGGUUAUCAUUUGCACAGAAAAUGAAGAACUUUUCAUCCAAAGCUUUCAGUGGGGAAUGUUGUACUCUCAUCAUGUGACUUGAAAGUGCCUUCAGCCAAAUAAAUGCCUCACUACUUAGGCCUUUAAAA